UGCCUGGGCGGCCCUUGCUGCAAGAUGGCGACGCGCGCUGGGCUGCUGCUGCGCUGGCUCCGCCUGGGCCGCCCCCCGACGCCAGCCCCCCGCCGGCCGCUCCACGCUGGGGGAUCCCUUCGGCAGCAGGAGGAGUUCACCUCACUGGAAGAGAAGCCGCAGUUCCCGGGUGCCUCGGCUGAAUUUGUGGACAGACUUGAGUUCAUCCAACCCAAUGUGAUCUCCGGGAUCCCGAUCUACCGGGUCAUCGACCGGCAGGGGCAGAUCGUCAAUCCCAGUGAGGACCCACAGCUUCCUAAAGAGCAAGUGUUGAAAUUCUACAGGAGCAUGACGCUGCUCAAUACGAUGGAUCGGAUCCUGUAUGAGUCCCAGAGGCAGGGCCGGAUCUCCUUCUACAUGACCAACUAUGGGGAGGAAGGCACGCACAUCGGCAGCGCAGCCGCUCUUGAUGACACUGAUCUCGUGUUCGGACAGUAUCGGGAAGCAGGCGUCCUGAUGCACAGAGGGUACCCCCUGGACCUGUUCAUGGCGCAGUGCUACGGAAACGCCAGUGACCCUGGGAAAGGUCGUCAGAUGCCGGUGCAUUACGGCUGCAAGGACCUGCACUUCGUCACGAUCUCGUCCCCGCUGGCCACGCAGAUCCCACAAGCCGUCGGUUCCGCCUACGCCUUUAAGAGGGAGAACACCAACCGGGUCGUGAUCUGCUACUUCGGGGAAGGCGCAGCCAGCGAGGGUGACGCCCACGCCGGCUUCAACUUCGCCGCCACCCUCGAGUGCCCCAUCAUCUUCUUCUGCCGCAACAACGGCUACGCCAUCUCCACCCCGACGUCUGAGCAGUACCGGGGCGACGGGAUUGCUGCUCGGGGUCCAGGUUACGGCAUCCACUCUAUCCGGGUGGAUGGCAAUGACGUCUUUGCGGUGUACAAUGCCACCAAGGAGGCCCGGCGUCGUGCUGUUGCUGAGAACCAGCCAUUCCUCAUUGAGGCCAUGACCUACAGGAUCGGGCACCACAGCACGAGUGACGACAGCUCCGCCUACCGUUCGGUGGAUGAAGUCAACUACUGGGACAAGCAGGACCACCCCAUCUCUCGGCUUCGUCACUACAUGGUGAACCAAGGCUGGUGGGAAGAGGAUCAGGAGAAAAGCUGGCGCAAGAAAUCCCGCAAGAGGGUCAUGGAGGCCUUCGAAGAGGCCGAGCGCAAACUAAAGCCCCGGCCUCAGCUUCUCUUCUCGGAUGUUUACUGCGAGAUGCCCUGGCACAUCCGGAAGCAACAGGAAUCCCUGGAGCGACACCUCAAGCAAUACGGCGAACACUACCCCUUGGGACAGUUCGAGAAAUGAACACCCCCCAGCCACCCCCACUUGCCAUCACCAGCAGCAGGAGCCUGGAAGAGGAGUCUCGGUCAAAAACUGUGCCCCCUUUACACCUGACAAACUUUUCCUUGGUUCUUUGGUGAGAGUGGGGAGGUGGGGCUGCUUGGAACACUGGUGCCUGGGGUCUUUACGGGGGGGGUAGAAGACCUGGGUUUAGGGACAACUCUCGGAGGUUCCAAGCUGGCCUCUGCUAACAUAAGCUGCUAACACAGUGAUAGCUCACAAAGAUGUGUCACAAAGCCACUGUCACCACCCACCCCAUGGUACCGUACACCCUCCUCCCGAUUUGAACCACCUAAUGCUCCUCUCGUUUUCUCGGUGGUGGUUAAAUACAGUGUGGCGAACCCUCGUGUGCCGAAUGGGAAUUCCCGAACUCUUGUUUGCGAAAAUUCGAGAAGUCCCAUGGAGCACUCAGAGCUCUGGGGGGUGGUUUGGGACAGCUCCGAGGGUGGAGGCUGCCAGCACCUCUGAAAAAUCCACCUUCCACACCUUGCCUCACCUCAUCGAGACGGCUGUGGUCGUGGACGACUCGCAUAAAGCACAAGGGCCCCCACCCUCUGUAGAACCGCAGUGCCUUAUCUCUGCCGGUUUUCCUAACGGGGGGUCUCGUCCACGCGCCCCCCACCCCCUUGCUGCCUCGCACAACCCGGCUGCUUUCCUUGAAGCUGUCAUUCUGAAAAGCACAGAACGGCAGGCAGCCUCUCCGCUUCUGUCCACAGACAAGUCCCGUGUCUGAAAAGGAACCUGAAAAGGACCUCCAUUUUCGGUGCCUCUGGAUCCAGGUACCGCCUGCGGUGGCUUUGCGUGUUCAUGAGAUUUCCCACCUGGUUAUCGCUGCAAAUAUGCUGCUGAAAUUAAGGGGCAAACCGCAGCCUGUGCCUUCCCCAGGAGAAGAACCCUUGACAGUGUCACCGUUAGGCCACACCCCCCUGAUGUAGCCAAUCCUCCAAGAGUUUACAAGAAAGAGCUUUGUAAGCUCUUGGAGGACUGGCUCCAUCAGGGGGGUGUGGCCUCCCUUGACAGUGUCACCCAGAGAAUAUGGUCUCUUUUGGCAAAGCGGAUAUCACCCUGAAAUUUAGCCUGGCCGCUUGGCCAACACUCCGGAAGAGGAUAAAUUUUUAAAAAGUAUUUUCCAUAGGACUGGGGAGCUUUUAGAAGUUGGGCUGGCUUUAGCGAUGAAUCAGAACAGGGCCUGGCGCAAAUAGAGCCUGGAUCUUUUGGGGGGCUUUCGUUAGAAACUCAAACAGCGUACAUUCUCAGCGCCUCUUUUUGAACGAUUGGGGGUGUUUGUUUGAGGCAGAGUUCUGUUGGCCUGUUACAGUUCAGUGGGGGAGGGUGUUACUGCUGAAUGUGAUUACAUUCGGGGCUGCGGGGAGACACGGGUGAACGCAGGUAGUCUAGGGCAAACAUGGGUGUCUCAGCAAGGCAGGUUGGGAAAUGAAUAAAACGUCUAUGGGCA